AUGGUGGCUGGGCCUCACAAGACUGAUCUUUGCCCUGUAGAAACAAGUGUUUUCAGGAACAGCGGUGGAGGGGACGAUCUGGGGGCCAACGAUGAGCUGAUCCGGUUCAAGGAUGAAGGGGAGCAGGAGGACAAGAGCCCCGGGGAGGGAUCGGCGGAGGGCGACCUGGCCGACGUCAAAUCUUCUCUGGUCAACGAGUCGGAGAAUCUCAGCAGCGACUCGGACGACGAGGUGGAGAGACGCCCCACUCCCAGAGAAAGUUUUGAGAAGACCCGGGAUUACCUGUCAGAAGCAUUUAGGAGGCAGCAAGAUGCAGCUUUCUUCAAAAGCCCUCCCUAUGCGGGAUACCCCUUCUUGAUGAUCCCUGACCUCGGAGGCCACUACUUGCCCAAUGGUGCCCUCUCGCCCAGUGCCCGCACGUAUCUACAGAUGAAAUGGCCUCUCCUCGAUGCCCCAAGCACGGCUGGAUUGAAGGACGCCAGAUCGCCAUCACCCGCACAUUUGUCCAACAAGGUUCCGGUUGUUCAACACCCACAUCAUAUGCACCCCUUAACGCCCCUCAUCACCUACAGCCAGGACCGCUUCUCACCAGUCACCCCACCUGGACACUUGUCACCCGAAAUAGACCCAAAGACCGGAAUCCCCCGUCCUCCUCAUCCGUCAGAGCUGUCUCCCUAUUACCCUCUAUCUCCAGGAGCUGUAGGGCAGAUUCCUCAUCCUCUGGGAUGGCUGGUGCCACAGCAAGGCCAGCACAUGUACUCCAUUCCUCCAGGUGGAUUCAGACAUCCAUAUCCUACGUUGGCCAUGAACGCCUCAAUGUCCAGUCUGGUUUCCAGCCGGUUCUCUCCACACAUGAUGUCCCCUCAUCACGGCCUGCACACCUCAGGGAUCCCUCACCCUGCCAUAGUCUCACCUGUUAUCAAGCAGGAGCCGUCCUCCGGAGGCCACAGCCCAAAUCUUCAUUCGAAGCCACCAAUGUCAGUUAAGAAAGAAGAAGAGAAGAAGCCACACAUCAAAAAGCCUUUGAAUGCCUUCAUGUUGUACAUGAAAGAGAUGAGAGCAAAGGUGGUCGCAGAAUGCACACUCAAAGAGAGCGCUGCCAUCAACCAGAUCCUUGGCCGCCGGUGGCACUCGUUAUCCCGAGAAGAGCAGGCCAAGUACUAUGAGCUGGCAAGAAAAGAAAGGCAGCUUCACUCUCAGCUCUAUCCGACAUGGUCUGCAAGAGACAACUAUGGAAAGAGAAAGAAGCGGAAGAGAGAGAAGCAACCACAUUCGCCAGAAUCAGAAGCUUGUAGAGCCAAGAAGGUAUGUGUGCCUCACCUUACUGCUGAGAAGUCCUGCGACAGCCCAGCUUCCUCCCAUGGCAGCAUGCUGGACUCUCCAGCCACACCUUCCGCAGCUCUCGCUUCCCCUGCGGCCCCAGCGGCUACCCACUCCGAGCAAGCUCAGCCACUCUCGCUCACCACCAAGCCUGAAGCCAGAGCACAGUUGUCUCUCAGCCACUCUGCUGCCUUCCUGGCCUCCAAAUCUCCUCCGUCCUCCAGUCUGUCAGGACACCUGCCAUCCCCUGUCGGAUCUUCACUGCUCUCUCGUCCAAUCCCGCUUUCGUCCUCCAUAUUGUCUCCAACUGGCGUCUUCCACUCGGCCCUGCAAGCUUUACCACUGAUGCAGGCACAACCCUUGUCUUUGGUGACCAAAUCCAGUGACUGACUUGAGAGGACUCUAUGGCCCAGGUAGCCAGGACCCACACAGAUGAAAGGAGUUAGUAGUCCCUGUAGACCUGCACAUACCCUCUCUGCACUCCUUUUCAAAUAUACAGCUUUGCAGAUAUGGAUGUUCUGCACUGAUUCAUGUAGAUACAAUGUCCCGCACUCGGCGCUCUAUCAUCCUGGUCUAUGAUGCAUACGAACAUGAACAAUGCUCUGUGUAUAUGGACAUCCCUGUGUACUGAUGCAUAUACAGUUCACUGCAUUGGCCCUACAGGACUCUGAAUGAUUUUAUAGGGGACUUGCGAUUGGACAAGCCAGUGAUGGGGAUUUCUAGCAUGGAUGCUCACAAUUAUCUGGUAUGGUGCAGGCAGAGCGGGCUACUGUCCCAGGCUGCACUUCUCCUCCCAACAACCAACCACACCAUAUACUUGGCCAGAAACACCAGACCCACACGGAUUAUUGGUCAAUAUUUGACCUGGCGGCUUUACCGUUGGCUCUGCUGAUCUUGUUGUUAAAUCCUUUUUUUCUGUGUUUUUUAAAUAAAAUUUAAAUGGGAUAAAUAGGAA